AUGGAGGGAUAUACGACAACCCUUCGGCGAAAGGACACGACUAAGGGUCCGCCGUUGCGCAUUCUAUCAUUGGAUGGUGGUGGUGUACGAGGAUUCUCCAUGCUCGUUCUUCUAGAAGCGCUAAUGCACCGGUCAUUCGUCGAAAUCCACGGCAGACCGCCUCGUCCUGAUGAGAAACUCAAACCCUGCGAUUGUUUUGACUUGAUAUCGGGAGUGGGUACUGGCGGACUUAUCGCUUUAAUGUUAGGGAGAUUACGGCUAGAUCUAGAAACGUGCAAGAACGUUUACGUGAGGAUGACUCGGAAGGUUUUCGAAACGGACAAGACCAUCGCAGGCAUACCAUAUAAACAUACCCUUUUUAAAGCUUCCAAGCUGGAAGAGGCAAUCCGGGAAUGCGUUCGUGAACACACCGUGUUAGAGGAAGAAGGGAAUGACGGAACGAAAGCCGGCGGGCAUGAGUUUCAGAGUCUGAUGAGUCCCACCAGCGCCGUGGAGUUUCCCGAGCGCGCGGCCAGUGUCCGCAGCAAUGCAAGCUUCACACCAAAUAGCCCGGUACAGAGCCUGAGAAAUUCUAUCCAUGGGUUUCGCUGGGGAAAUCCAGACGCUUCCCUGUAUGACGGAAGAGAAAAUCGUACCAAGACCGCGGUUACUGCAGUGUUCAAAGGCACACCCAAGAACGGUCACUCCAUCCUCCUUCGAUCCUACGAUUCACGCAAAGAGCCACCACCCGAGUUCAACUGUACCAUCUGGCAGGCUGGCCGAGCGACCUGUGCAACAGGGCUAGCGUUCAAGCCGAUCGCCAUCGGAAAUUCUGUUUUUGUGGACGAAGGUGCUGGGAAAUACAAUCCGUCGCCGCAGAUUCUUGACGAAGCUGCUGUGAAUGAGUGGCCAGGCAGGGACAUUGGCGUAUUUGUCAGCAUUGGCACAGGUAAAAGGCCUGGAGGAACUAACAACAGGCAAAGUGAGUGGUACGAGUCCUUCCUGGGUGGCACAAUGGGCAAUUUCGCCGAGGCCCGCAGAAGACUUAUAAGCAAGAUCGAAAAUUGCGAGGAGAUACACCAACAGAUGCUAAACUCUCAUCUGCAAAAGCGUGGAGUACCCUUGGAAAACUACUGCAGACUUAACGUUGAGGUCGGCGUUGGGGACUUUGGCAUGAACGAGAACGUUUUGAGCCCCGGUUACUAUUGUACAGAUUGGCUAACAACUUCGGUUCAAAAACUCAUAGGAGAGGCUGCUGCAAAGAUUGGGAAAAUCGAGCUGACGAAACGGAGGCUGGAGGGCCAAAGCAGAUACACCAAUCCUAAUCGAGGUGAUCUACCCAGCAAAGGUCUUCCCACGCCGCCAUCGCAUCCAGACGCCAUCGAGCUACCUGGAAAUGACGCACCCAUCCAUUCGCCAACAUCGCCUUAUCACACCCCGCGGACCUCAACGAUUAAUCCGCCCUAUCCCUACGAUGAUACUAUAUCUUCAGAUGAUAAGUUCUCUCUAAUUCCUUCCGUUGAUGGCCAGCAUCGGAUUUCUGGAGAGAUGCCGUAUCGGCACAGCGGCGAAUACAACAGUCCUUACAACAUAUCACCCAGGCGAAGUGGAGAAGAUUAUGCCAGAUCGGAUGCGCCACCUAUUCCCCCGAAAACACCUAUUUACGGCGACGGGGAGGGCUUGAGGCCACCACAGACCUCGCGAAUGAGCGCAGGCAGCCAAAAGCUGCCGUAUCCCGACUUCGACGGACCACCUAUUGUCAACAAGCUGCGCAAGCCACAAUACAAUCCCGGAUAA